UUCACACUUUGAGUUGUCGUCUCUGAGCGGAGGUUCAAGAUGUCUGCCGUCUCUGUGAGGAAUAUUCAACAUGCAGUGACACACACCGGGAGCGUCGCGUUGGCCCUCAUCUCUCAGGUGAUCUCAGACAUCUUCAGUUACCUGGCCAAGGACAGCAGCGUGCCCAAUGCUCUGUUUCAGACCUCCUCCAGGAAUGUUUCUGAGUCCUUCCCUUUGGAGGUGACGAUGGACUGGUGGUCGGAGAGAUUCUGGGUUAUCGUGGACAUUUGGUGCAUGGCGUGGCUCGUGUACGCAGUGGUCAGCCUCUUUAAAAGGAAUGCCCACGGUCCUGAGUCUUGCAAUCCAGAAAUCCACCCACCGGCAUUUUUCUUUAUCUGGACUUUGGUUAACAUUGCUAGGAUGUGCAGCAUGGCUUUCUGGGACAGACAUGAUAUCUGUGGAGCAGUUUUCCUCGAGUGGACUCUACCGAUCCUCAGCUUCAACAUGCUCUUCAUGUCCUGCUCCAACCUCGACGAGCACAAAGAACGACUGGUCAGCAGCAACCAAAAUGUGAUCUGGUGGACACGAUACCUGACCCAGAACGGCCUGGCUUUGUUUGUCUGGUGGACUCUCCUGAAAGCUAUGCUGGGUUUUGGCAUCGUGCUGAAGUAUAAAGCCGGUGUUUCGGACCCUCUGGUCAGCACCGUCGUCCUCACCGUACUCUCACUGUUCACGACAACCUGGUUCAUCCUGCAGAGCUCCCUGUUGACUAAGUACAUGCGCUACACCUUCACCGUCUACCCCAUCCUCAUCCUGGGUCUGGGUGCGAUGUUCACCAGGAGCUACCGCAUCCACAACCUCGCCGCUAACACCAUCUAUUGUGGCUUUCUCAUGCUCCUGAUGACCAUCAUGAGUUUGAUCCAGCUGAUCUCGGCAUGUUUGUACACGGAUAAGCCGAUCAAACCUGCUGCCAUGGAGCCCAGCGUGUGGCACACUGACCUCCAGAGGGACGAAUUCAAGAAGGAUCUGUGCAAAAACUGAAUGCAUGUGGUGAAAUUAAAAAAUAAAGAG